AUGUCAGAUGGGGAUCUAUUUGUAUCGCCUUUCCUGAACAUCGAUCCUUCACUUUUGGUGAACGACCCGUCAGAACAGUUCAUUUUUCCGGAAGGGGUGAAGCAUCGAGGUCGUUUUGAAAGGUCUUUCUCCGAAAUCGGAUCGAUGGUAAUUGGCGGUUGCGCUGUGGGUUCAACAAGAGCACUGUACACAGCUCUAAACAACCCAGAUUUAGCUAAGUUGCCCACAAAGGCCCUGCAGAGGACACAACUAUUGAAUUACGUGACCAAAUCCGGUGCUUCUUGGGCGCAAACAGCUGGGAGUAUUGGCCUCAUUUAUGCACUCUCCGAUUUCGCUAUUCAUAAGCUUCGCGGAGGCGCUGACGAUGAAAUAAAUAUGGUAUCUUCCGCAACCACCACUGGUCUGCUGUACCGUUGUCCGGGGUUACUUGGACCUGGUGGCUGGCAACGUUGCAUUCGCGGCGGAGUCUUCGGCUUGACAAUUGGCCUUGCGGGAGCUGCUUUUACCAGCUGGGAUCGCAUAAAAGACCUUCUCGGAGGUGCUUAG